AUGUCUAUCGAACCGCCGAGCUAUGAAGAUAUCAACAAUGAAGCAUAUCGAGCCAUACCCCUAAUCGUGCAAAUCCACCAACACUCCCCCACCAACAUCAUUUUCGAAGAAAAUCCUCAUCAUCAUCAGCUUAUAAUAAGCACCCCCCCUCCAUCCAACCGCCCCCUCCCAACCCUCCUCCACAAAGACGCCAUUCUCCUCCCCACGACGAGCACGUACGAAGAAGUUUUUAAUUUACUUUAUCAACGAGUUUUAGCUCGCAGUGCAGGAAGUUUUCCUCCUGCAGUAGCAGGAGCGGCAUUCAAGGAGGGGACACUUUUUUGUCGGUUGGCAUUGCUUGUUGAUGUUGAUAUUGUUGAUAAUCAGCAACAACAGCAGAUCCUAAUAGAUCAGGGCAAUUGGAUUGCUGCGAGGACAUUUUUGAGAUUUCGCGAAAAUGUGGAAUUGGUGUUUCAUUUUUGUUUUGUGCCGAUAUAUUCGUCGGAGAUGGAGGAGGAGGAGGAGGAGGAGGAGGAGGAGAUGGAGAUGGGGGGUUGGUAUGGCGGGGAGAAUUUGUUUGGUGGAACCGAGUUUUGA